GCUUUACAAUGUCGUUAAUAUGUGAUUUAUAUUGAAGUUGAUAUGAAUGUAAUGAUUAUAUUUAUGGAUAUAUAUCCAUCCGAUAAGGCGAUAUAUAACAACGGAGAAACGUGACGGUCAUGUUGUUAUUUACGCAUAACGUUCCCUGCCGUUUUAUAUGUGAAGUGCUUUUAACGCGUCCACCUCCCGCCUUCGGACUGCCAACAUCCGUCGCCGCGGAAUUGGAGGUCCGGGGCGACAGAAGAAGAAGCCGCGUUAGGGUUCCUGUGUGCCGAUAGUUGCGCACGGACUAGGGCUCGGUCGAAUCGAACAAGCCAAACGUGUUGGGAAAAAUUCGGGAUUGGAGAGGAUCGAGCCUCGUCUCGACGUGAAUCUCAUCCUCCGGUUCCGUGGGGCGAUCGCGAUGGGAUCCGCGAAGGGGAGCCCCGUGCGUCCGAGCUCGGGCGUGCUGCUGGCCUCCGACGGCUCCUUCAGUGCCCUCCUCGGUCUUCCGUCCGACCAGGCCGUGAAUCUCCUUCACCGGCUGCCGGAUCCCAACGCCGUCGCUUCCAGUGGCGAGAUGCGGCGUCUCUGCCUCCCGCCGAGGCCUAAGGCGGAGCUGCUGGACUCGGCCGGUCUCCGGCUGAUCGCGCAGCGGUCGGCGAAGAGGAAGGAAGGCGAAAAGCGCAGGGGGGAAUCUCCAGCAAAAAAGAGCAAAAGGCGCUCAGAAGAGGGGACUGCGUGCGGUAAGAAGCUCCCUUGCGUUCACGUCCGCGCUCGCCGAGGCCAAGCCACUGAUAGCCACAGCUUAGCGGAGAGAGCAAGGAGGGAGAAAAUAAAUGCUAGGAUGAAAGUUCUCCGAGAACUGGUCCCUGGAUGCAGCAAGAUAUCAGGUACAACUUUAUUGUUGGAUGAAAUCAUCAGUCACAUAAAAUCUCUCCAAUGUCUGAUUGAGUUAUUGUCAAUGAGACUAGCAGCAGCGAACUCAAGGAUCAGCUUCAGUGGCCCUGAUAGCUCCUCAUCAGUGGAUUGUGGGUGGCUAACAGUCAAUAAUGAGAGGAGUAGGAGGGUCGGAAUGGAACCGAUAGAAUGGUCAUCAUAUGGAGGAAGGAGGCAGCCACAACAGCAUAUCUGGCACAUCAAUUUAGUGCACCCCCAACAAACAUCAAGAGCCUCUGAAGGGGAGACACCCACUACACCGAUCAUGGGACCUUACUCUUCCAGUGCCAUCAAUUUGCUUCUGUAAUUCAGCACUUCAGCCAUCUGAAGACAGAACCUGAAGAUGCCAUGGUGACAGCAUGAUUUAAUAGCAGCAUGGUGGUAUGUUAAUGACAGCAAUAAAUUACUCAGUUCUCCAUGUUAUAAAUGUCUAGAAUUUUUCUUCCAUUUUUCUUUUUUUCUCAUAUCGGCGCACUCUUUUGGACAAGAAAGGAAUCAAGCAAUCCACCUAUGAUUUUAUAAAGUAUGAUAUUAGAGAUGUUCGUUUUGAACCAUAAAGAGUGUAUUAGCCUGGAUUAGGCUUUAUUAAUAUGUUUCAAGUGCUUCUAAAUCUGAAUCCUUGUCCUUUGAAACCCCCCUCGCCUUAAUACUUUUGCACUCGUUGCCUUGGCAAGGGGCUAUAAACAUGCAUAACAAAUUUCAGAUUAGCAUGAUAACUAGAAAGAGUUUUUUGGUUUCAAUCGAUGCCUCCAGUCUCUAACCAUCUAAAGAAUAAAAGUAGUUGGAUUUUAAAUGUCAGUUUGAUACAGGUUUCAAGUUAAGAUGUUGAUUUGUGUACUGCCCGAAACAAAUAGUCUACGAAGCGAUGGAAUUGUAUUCUUUAGUAUCUUAGUUGGAUCAGAAGCAUACUGUGAUUCUUAUUUUAAGGAGCUGUCAAGCCAGGAUUAAAGUUGAUCAUUUAAACAUUCUUAAGAUCACAAUCUCCACUAUUCCACUGGUUCCUAAAAGUUUCCAUGCCAGUUAAUUGAGCUCAAAUAUUAUUUCAAUUCCAGAGAUCUUUAAAAAGUAUGAUUUGCUCAGAACUAGGAGUUCUCUAAUUACAUAUUGUUAAGUUUAGUUGAACCUAUCUAGCAACAUUUGUUGAUUGAGCUUGGAAGCCAUAGUAACAGUUGAGAACUUGAUAUAAAUACAGAUGCAUUACUGACAUUGGAUAUUAUACAAAUCCAAAUGCCUAUAAAAGACCAGAUCCAGAUCGAGCCUAAUU